GCGGGGAGCGCUGAGCGUCCUCCCCCGCGGGCCGGGGGGAGCGGGGCUGGGCCAGCCCCUGCGCCUGCCGCGCCAUGGAGCGGAGCCGCGCCGGGCGGGAGCCGCAGCCCCGGCCCCAGCCCCAGCCCCUCGGGAAGCCACCGUCCCCGAUGGGAGACAGCGUGCCCACCCCCUCCUCGCCGCCCCCCUCGCCCGGGGAUGCCCUGCAGAGAGAGCGCACCCCCCCACAGCGCGACCGACCCGCCCCUCCAGACGUCGUCCCCUCCGAAAAGACCGUCCCACCCGUCCCUGCAGCCGUCACCCCCUCCGAAAAGACCGUCUUGCCCAGCCCUGGAGCCGUGCCCCCCUCCCAGCAGCCCGUGUGCCCCCCAGCUGUGAUGCCCCCCUGCGAGAGCAGCCCCCCGCAGCGUGACCGUCCUGUCCCUCCAGCCGCCACACCGUCAGGACAGCCCAUGUCCCCCAGCCCUGCGGCUGUGGCCCCCUCAGCAGAGAGUGUCCCCCCCUGGUGUGACCAGUCCCCCCCCGGGCCCCCCAAGCCCCCUGGGACGGAGCACCCCAAAGCAGAGGCAUCGCCCCAUGCUGCCGAACAGCCGGGCCCCGUCCACGCCCUGUGCCCGGCGGAGACGCUGCCCCGUGGGAGCCCAACCCCAGCCCCAGCUGCCAGUGAAGGGGCUCCCCCCGAUGCCAAGAGCCCCCCGCCUGCCACGGCCGGGCCCUCGAAGGACGUGGCCCCCCGGAGUGACCGCCCCUCACCAUCUCCUGCCGCCAGCCCCCGGCCCAAGCAAGAUGCCCAGAAAGCCCAGGCGAGGCACAAGCAGGCGAAGGAGCGGCGUGAGGAGCGGGCCAAGUACCUGGCUGCCAAGCGGGUGCUGUGGCUGGAGAAGGAGGAGAAGGCCCGGCUGCUGCGGGAGAAGCAGCUGGAGGAGCGGCGCAAGCGGCUGGAGGAGCAGCGGCUGCGGGCGGAGAAGCGCCGGGCGGUCCUGGAGGAGCGGCAGAGGCAGAAGCUGGAGAAGAACAAGGAGCGCUACGAGGCAGCGAUCCAGCGGUCGGCCAAGAAGACGUGGGCAGAGAUCCGGCAGCAGCGCUGGUCCUGGGCUGGGGCCCUGCACCACGGCUCCCCCGCACACAAGGACGGUGCGAGCCGGUGCUCGGUGUCCGCUGUAAACCUCCCCAAACACGUCGACUCUAUAAUCAACAAGCGGCUCUCCAAAUCCUCCGCCACCCUCUGGAACUCUCCCAGUAGAAACCGGAGCUUGCAGCUGAGCCCGUGGGAGAGCAGCAUCGUGGACCGGCUGAUGACGCCCACCCUGUCCUUCCUGGCGCGCAGCCGGAGUGCCGUGACGCUGGCUGGGAACGGCAAGGAGCAGGUGCCCGUGUGCCCCCGCUCGGCCUCCGCCAGCCCCCUCAGCCCCUGCCACAACCACCGGCUGCCGCACCGGUGCUGGGAGCGGCGGAAGGCGGCCACCGCCAGCCCCGACGUGACGCCACGCCGCAGGACAGAGCCCUCGCCCAAGAAGAAGGAGAAGAAGGAGAAGGACCGGGAGAACGCCAAGGAGCGCAGCGCCCUGUCCCGCGAGCGCAGCCUCAAGAAGCGGCAGUCGCUGCCGGCAGCGCAGCCCCGGCUCCUGCCUGCAGCCGACAGCAGCCCGGGCCCCAAGAACCGUCCCUCGUCGCCUGCCACCCCCAAGAAUCGCCCUUCAUCCCCUGCCACUCCCAAGAACCGUCCCUCGUCCCCUGCCACACCCAAAGCCCGCCCAGCAUCCCCCAGCCCAGCCCUUGGCUCUCCCCACAAGCCCCCCCUGCCCCGCAGCGCCCACUCCUCCCCCAAGGUGCGGGCCAGGGCACGGGAGGAGCGAGGGGAGCAGGAGGGCCCAGCGAAGGCACGGGAGAGGAAGGAGGAGGAGCGGGGCCCGGCGCCCCCAGCCCUUCCCGAGCCCCCCAAGGUGCCUGUGGAGCCGACAGCAGGUGGCCCCCCAGCCCCUGCAGCCCCCAGCCCCUGCAGCCCCCAGCCCCAUGCCGGCCAGCCCCCAGCCAGACCCCCCGCCGGCACCACGGACCGCGAGGAGGCCGCGCGGCUGCUGGCGGAGAAGCGGCGCCAGGCCCGGGAGCAGCGGGAGCGCGAGGAGCGGGAGCGCCGGGAGCAGGAGGAGCAGGAGAGGCGGGCGCAGGAGGAGCGGGCGGCCGAGGAGCAGAGCCGCAGGGAGGCCCUGGCGCGGCGCAGGGACGAGGAGCGGCGGCUGCAGGAGGAGAGAGAGGCCCAGGAGAGAGCCCGGGCCGAGCGCGAGGAGACGGAGCGGCUGCAGAGACAGAGGGAAGAGGCUGAGGCGAGGGCACGGGAAGAGGCUGAGCGGCAGCGCCUGGAGAGGGAGAAGCACUUCCAGCGUGAGGAGCAGGAGCGGCUGGAGAGGAAGAAGCGCCUGGAGGAGAUCAUGAAGAGGACGCGCAAGUCAGACGCAGCAGAUGCCAAGAAGAAGGAGGACAAGAAGGUGGUGAACGGCAAGGCGGCAGAGCAGGAGGAUGCCCCAGGCCGCGAGAAGCACCCGGGGCCGAUCCCGAAGGCGGAGGAGCUCCCGGAGACGGAGCCGCCGAGCGCGGGGACGCCGGGGGGCACGAAGGGCCCGGCGGGCGAGGGGCUGCAGCCGAGCGCCAAGGAGGCGGCGGCCCUGGUGAACGGCGUGCAGGCCGGCAAGCACGAGAACGGCUUCGCGGGCACCGAGGGCCCCAAGGAGCUGCGGGACCUCCCGCACCACGGGGGCGGCCCCGGCAGCAUCAUCCCCUUCGGAGACAAGGAGCCCUUCCUCAAGCAGGCCGUGGUGAAGCCCCCGCAGGUGACAGAGGUGCUGUGAGGGCCCGGCUGAGCCCCCACGGGGCCGCCCCCUGCGCCCCGAGCCCGCCCGGAGCCGGAGCUGCCGUCACAGCGUGACCCUCGCCGCUCCCCCGGGGGGGCUGUGGGACCCCCCCGGCGGGGACGCCUGGCUCCUCUCUUCUCUGUCCUCGUUUUUAUUUCGUUUUGUUGGUUUUUUUUAUUUUUAUUUUAAACAUGCACCUUAUCAGACUGACAGCCCCCACCCCCGCAGCCCACCGGAGCCGCCCCAGACGUGUGGUGUAACGAUGUAGUUAUUUAACUCGCUGGGUACAACGUCUGUGAAUACUGUAAAUAGAGCCGGCCGGGCGCGGGGGUGCCCCGGGGGCAGCUCGAGGGAGAGGGGUCACAGCUCCCCAUCCCCACGCGUGUUCUCUCCACGUGUCCGUGUGCCCGGUGCCCCCGGGCCCGGCCGGCACCACGCUGCUCUGUGCCCUUGUGACAGUGUUAUUGCAUCCAGACAACCUUUGCCAACAAUAAAAGUGGACAAUGCC